CCGGCAGAGACCAGAGGACCAACCCUCCUCCAUCUCUCCCCAUCUCUCUCCCCAUCCCAUCCCACCACGCGCAGCGCUCCCCAGAUCUUCCGAGCGUCCACAGGAAGCAACUUGCGGAGACAUGGGGACGAUACCGCAUCUGUUCCUCCUGUGCCUGGUGGCUGGAAGCUUCAUCGUGUUCACCGAAGGCACCGCGACCGAGUACAAGCGCGUCUGCUACUUCACCAACUGGUCCCAGCACCGCCUAGGCAUUGGCCGCUUCACCAUGGACAAAGUCGACGCCACCCUGUGCACGCACAUCAUCUAUGCCUUCGCCGGAUUCGACGAGAAAUUUCAAGUGAUCACCACUCAGCAGAACGACCUGGAGACGUUCAACAACACCAUGAAAACGAUCAAGCUGAAGUACCCUGAUCUCAAGUUCCUCCUCGCCAUCGGAGGGUGGAACUUCGGCGUGGAGAAGUUUUCCCGCAUGGUGUCCUGCGCCAAUAACCGGAAGGAAUUCAUUAAGUCUGCCAUCGCCUUCCUUCACAAGUACAAGUUUGACGGCAUCGACUACGACUGGGAGUACCCGGCGCACCGUGGCAGCCCAGCCACCGACAAGCACCUCUUUACCCUUCUCAUCCAGGAGACGAAUGCAGCUUUCACGGUUGACGCCCAGAGAAAGCGGUGUUCACGGUUGCUGCUUUCCGCGGCCGUGGCCGCUGCCAAAUCGACGGUGGCCGCCGCCUACGAGAUCAACUUGAUCCAUGAGCACCUGGACUUCAUCAACCUCAUGUCGUACGACCUGCAGAAGCAGAACGGGAAGACGAGUCACCACAGCCCCCUGUACGCCUCCAAGUCCAUCAUCCAGACGGACACAGUGGAAUCGUCGGUGCAGACAUGGCUGAGGGGUGGAGUCCCUCCGGAGAAGUUGGUGGUUGGGCUGCCCUUGUACGGCCGCUCCUUCACCCUCAGCACCACUUCCACUGGCAUCGGAGCGCCCGUCAGCGGACUUGGCUCUGCCGGACCCUACACCAAGGAGAAAGGCAUACUGGCCUACUACGAGGUGUGCCCUCUGCUCAACUCUGGCUACAAACGCGUGUGGCUCGACGACCAGAAGGUUCCCUACGCCUACCGCUCCAUCUACCGCAGCGGCCAGUGGGUCGGCUACGACGACAUCCCCAGCUACAGGCAGAAGGUGUGCUGGCUCAAGUUGAAGGGUCUGGGAGGUGCCAUGAUGUGGUCUCUGGACAUGGACGACUUCACGGGCAAAGCGUGCAAAGGUGAAGCCUACCCACUCCUCAAGCUCGUCAAGAAAAUCCUCACCACCGACACCGGCACCUUUGGCCAGUGCACAUUGCCGAGGCUGUAUGACACCUUGGCCUCGAAGGAGAGCGGUGCCACCUCCACCCCCACCGCCAGCGGCAGCAGCAGCAAGCAGGAGAGCCCCACCUCCGGGGAAACGUCGCGGGAGGAGGAUUCGGUACCCACUGACGCGGACGCCGACGCCAUCAUUGCCGCGUUCGUCGGGACCGGACGGCCGUCGGGGACUCUGGCGGCAGCUGGCGAUUCGUUCUGCGCAGGGCAGAGCGACGGCCUCUACCCCCACGCAAGCGACUCCCACCGCUUCUACCACUGCGCCAAUGGAGCGACGUCUGACAAGGCGUGCCCCGAAGGCCUGGUGUACAGCGCCGAAAUUCAUGUGUGCACGUGGCCCUGAGGCCGAGCUGUCAUCGUCGUCGCUGUUGCGGUCGUCCCCAACCCCAAAUUACACCCAACCCAGUUAAAAAGCGGAGUGUGACGGAUUCACCGAUCUUGCCGGACGUAAAGCCGGCAAGCAAAUGAAAGCGGAGGAUGCGUGUCGCACGACUUACUCGAUCCCGAGUUAGUCGUAAUCCCGAGUAAUCGCUCGCCAUUCAAUCAAUUGCCAGUGUAGAAUCAGAACAUUGCAUUUAGACUGCAGGAGGCGGAAUUCGAUUAGCUAUAAAGCUGUUUUGUCACACAUGUCCAGUACAACACACAAACACGGUAGUCGUGCAAAGUACAAGAAAGUUAAACUAAUCACCAAAACACAUACAAAUACAACUAAACCAUCCUACCAGGCAACGGCCAAUGAUGUAUUAACUUAUUUUUUCAGAUGUGAGCUGGCCACAUAUAAUAGCUGCCGGACAAAGUGAGCUUACCAUUUGGACAUUUAUGUCGGGAAAAAAAUAAUCUAAAUAAUCUCAAUGCGUGUUUCUAAAUGUGGAGGGGAAAACACGAGGACCCGGAGAAGAGAUCCACGUGACCAUGGGGAGUGAGAGAGAGACACGCACAUUCCCAAAUAUACAGCUGGCAUCAGUGGUCGGGAUCGAACCCCCGACCUCCUGCAUACCAGACGAGGUAGUUAACAUUUUCUAGCCACCAUGGUGCCCCUUUAAAUAAAUAAAUCGACAUAUUCAUGAUGGCUGCCCGAUCAACUUUGGGCUGAAUCGAUACAAAUGAUACCUCGAUUCACGGAUCCAACAAUGGCCACGUAACAUGGGCAAAUACACGCUCCCCCCCAACUCCACGCCUGACUCUCUUCCGUAUAUCUCCGAUCGGUGAUACCGUCGAGAGUGUUAAAUAACCCCCCACGACGCUCUCCAUUAAACGUCGUGAUCAGUGGGCUGGUGUCGUUUGGCCGUGAUUGACGACAAUGAUGACGAUGACGAUGAUGGCGAUCAUGAUGACGAUCGAUAAUUUUACCUUAAUCGUACUCUUCACAGUGAUUGGUGUUGUGUAAUCGCGGUUUCCCAGACCCACAGCCUGGGGAAUCGUUCGGAAUCAGCACUCUGCAAUAAAGUGGUUCGGAUUGGU